UUCAAAGAAUAAACUGUAGCAGUUCCAAGGAAGUCUGUGAAGAAUACAUUUCGAAGAUCAAAAAAGCUAUGACAGACACCAACAAGAUGACCAUCAAUUUGGUUGUCUUUGGCAGUACCCAGAGUGGGAAAAGUUCUGCUGGGAACGUUCUUUUGGGAAGUGCUGACUUCUACAGCACCUUCGCUCCAGGCUCCAUAACCAAAGACUGUAGUCUGGGCCGCAGUUGUCAUCUCCGCAGCUUCAUGCGUCGAGGGGGACAAGAGAUAAGCCUGCAGAUACAGGUAUUGGACACUCCAGGAUAUCCACACAGCAAGCUGAGCACAAGACAUGUAAAACAGGAACUGAAGAAAGCCCUGGUGCAUCACUUUGGGCAAGAUGGUCUCCAUCUUGCUCUGUUGGUCCAGAGAGCUGAUGUGCCUUUCUUUGGACAGGAAGCAUCUAACUCAGUCCAGUUGGUCCAGGAACUUCUGGGAGAUUCUUGGAAGAAUUACACUGCUGUUCUUUUUACCCAUGCUGAAGAAAUAGAAGAGGCUGGGCUCAGUGAAGAGGAAUAUUUGCAUGGGGUCUCUGACACACUGUUAACACUGCUAAAUUCUGUUCAGCAGAGAUAUGUUUUCCUGUAUGGAAAAGGAAACCAAUGUAACAAACAAAGAAUUAAAAUCCUAGAAAGAAUCAUGGAAUUUAUAAAAGAAAAUCACUAUCAAGCUAUUAGUUUUUCAUAAAAUGUAAGUGAAAAAAGGAGUAUUAAUUAAGCCCGAAAUCUAAUUUUAAAAUCAUUGUUCACUUGAAUAUGGGGGAUGAGAAUUCCCUGUACUGCCAUAUAGCCAUUUUGAAAAUUUUAAAUAAAAACUAAUAUGAAGGGUUCAA